AUGCAUGCACAGAUCGUCAAAAGUGUAGAUCAUAGUGAAACCUUUGCUUCUCGCUUGAAAUUUUUCAAGAACGCGAUGCGAAAAAAACGUGCAAAGCAAUAUAAACGCCUCAUGGCUUUGUACUCGACCUCCUUUGGGUUUAGGGAACCUUACCAAAUAUUACUGGACGGUAACUUUGCGACAACAGCCACCAGUUAUAAAAUAAACCUUGAAACACAACUUUCUAAAGUAAUGCAAGGUUCAAUAAAGCAAAUGUACACUCUUUGUUCCAUUAAUGAGUUGCGUCAGAGUGGCGAGAAAGAGCAUUCACGGGCCCUACAGUUCCUUAGUCAAUUGGAAAAACGAGGGUGUUCACACCUUGGCUCUUCCGUAUCUAGCGCUGAAUGUCUCGCAUCGAUAAUUGGCAAUGAAAAUGAGCAUAGAUAUUGCGUUGCCACGCAAAAUCGGAAGCUUCGCGAAAAACUUCGUGGAAUUCCCGGGGUCCCAUUAUUAUAUAUUAAUCGAACAGUAUUAAUAUUUGAACCACCUUCUUAUGUCACAUUGGAAAAAGCGAAACAAAUUGAAAUCGCGAAAACUUUACCAUCAACGGAUGAAAUGAAUUUCUUAAAGAUGACAAAUUCUGAUGCAAAGAAUAAAAUUGGCGCAAAAUCGAAAGCUAAAAAGAAACAUAAAGGUCCAAAACAACCAAACCCAUUAAGUUGUAAAAAGUCGAAAAAGAAACCAUCACAAAAGAUAGCCACGAAAAACAUAAUCGAAAUCUCAAAAAAUACAUCUGAAACAAGGAAACGAAAACGUGAAAAUGACGAGAAAGAAGAAUAUAUAGAACAGAACAAAGAUGGACAGAGUAUCGAUAGCAAUGCAAAUGGGAGCAUUGGAUUAGUAAAUGGCACCGAACACAUUAUUAAAGAGAGAAAAAGAAAGCGAAAAAAGAAAAAAAGAAAGAAAAACGAGGAACUACCUCAAAAUAGGAGCAAUGAUGUUGACGAAGAAAUCAGUUCUUCUGGAGCAGAAUCUAAAUAA